AUGGAGUUCGGGGAAAAGUGGUUAAGAUGGAUGGAAAGUACUAUUUUCUCUAGCGACAUGUCCGUUCUCAUUAACGGAAGCACCACAAAGGAGUUUAAAGUGGAGAAGGGGUUGCGUCAAGGAGAUCCUUUAUCUCCUUUUUUGUUCGUUUUGGUUACUGAUGUUUUAUCGACAUUGAUGAGGAAGGCUAUCAUUAAUGGAGAUUUUCACGCUUUCAAAAUUAAUGAAGAAGAGGAGAUUAGUGAUACUUUUAAUUUGUGGAGUAUGAAAGCGGUGUUAAGGGGUUUCAAGGUUAUGUCGGGAUUGAGGAUCAACUUUAAAAAGAGCAACAUCUACGAAAUCAACGUGGGGAAUUGGUACCUUGAGGCGGCUUCUUCUUUUCUUUCGUGCAAAGUAGAUAAACUUCUGUUUAAAUUCCUUGGAGUCAAGGCUCCAUCGAAGGUCUUAAAUGAGAUUACCUCGAUUCAAAGGAAAUUCUUAUGGGGCGGGUGUGAUAUCAAAAGAUCCAUUUGUUGGGUUCGUUGGGAUUCGGUUUGUAAAUCUCGUGAAGAAGGAGGGCUUGGUGUUAAGAAUGUGGAGGUUAUGAACGCGGCGUUAUUAAGUAAGUGGAAAUGGAGAAUUUUAUCGGAUGAAGAGGUUGUUUGGAGGCGUAUCCUAGAAUCUAGAUACAACAACGUGAGGAGGAAAGUGUUAAUAGGUGCGGUGUCGUGCGUUGUUGGCAAUGGCAGAAACAUACCUUUCUGGUAUGGUUGCUGGGCGGACGAGAAGCCUUUAAUGGAGUUGUUUCCUGACCUGUUCACGCAGGCUAAGGAGGACGGUAUGACUGUAGAGGAGGCUGGCGAAUCGACACCCGGAGGCGGCUGGCAGUAG